AUGGAACCCCUUUCAGUGACAAAAAAUAACCAAAUGAACAACCUAACGACAUUAAGUAACCAGGAGGCAAAUUAUGAAUCAACUCUUCGGAAUCAGGAAACAUGCUCGCAAAAUGAUCUGUUCUACAAAUUUCAUGAUAAAUUUAAUGAAAUUUUUUUGUUCCUACAAGAUUUAAAAGAAAAUAAAAAUUAUUUAGAAGAUGAAGUUGAUGAUAAUUUAAUAAAAACAUUACACAAUUUAUGUCAAGAAUUUUUAAAUUAUAUUAAACACAUAAAUAAUUUUGGUCAUAUGAAUUUAAGUAAAAAUGAUCAAGAUUUGAUAAUUGAGUCGUAUGAGAACUUUGUUCGUCAGUGUAAACAAUACAAUGAUAAACCACAAGUCAAGCAGCUGGAAAAUGAAAUUUCGAAUUUGUUAGACCUGUUGUUUAAUAAUACUUCAGAAGCAGUGAAUACUCUUUUCUCUGCUGAUUCCUUUUUUGUGGAUCACGUUGAAAAUUUGAAGUUGAAACUAACGGAAAGGAAUCAAAAAAUUGAGUUCGAGAAUGAAAGAUUGAAGAAGUUAGAACUGGAAGCGAAGGUCGAAGAAUACGAUGAAAUUUUCGAGAAGAAUAAACAAAAGAAUAAUGAAAUGGAUGAAAACCUAAGCAAGCUUAAGAAGGAUAUUAGCAAGUUGAAUGAAAAAAUACAAAAAUAUGACAAUUAUGUCAAAAAGAAGAGAAAAGAAAUAGACAUAAAAUUUCCCGAUACGCUUGACUGCAAGGAAAGAAUUAAACUUUUGGAAGAGCACAUAAAAACAGCCGAAAGGAACAUCAAAACAACGCAAUUGUCACCCCUUAAAAUUGUAGAAAAAACGGAGCAUUACAUAAUUUUCGAGUUUAAGACAAUUCGGAACGUGAUGCAAUUCAAAGUAAGCAACUAUCAAUCAAAGAAUGCACAAGUUGAAAUCACUCCCUGUGAUGAUAAUAUUUUAUCUUAUAUAAAAUCAAACAUAAAUAAAUGCAAGGAUAUUUCAGAGAUAACUUAUUUAAUUAAAGAGGCUAUAUACUUAAAUUUCCUGGACAUUUGA